AUGGAUGACAAAAACUCAAUAAUUCCUACUAAGGAUGAGGGAUAUUUCAUUAUAAUUUGUGAUGUGUGGCAGGAUCAUAAGCCCCACAGGGUGGGUGAACUGACAGAAAUUCCAGCUGUGCUCACAUGCAAAGUGGGGAAAGGGCUAUGGCCAUCCUGCAUAGUGGGGGAGGUGUUAGUUAGUAGGGGUCAGGUGUGGCCUGACCCCUACCCCAACACUGGGGAUGGUGUAUUCAGCCCAUUCCAGAACGCCACAGAACACGUGGGUCCAGAUGCGUGUGGAGCCCAGAGCUGGAACCUGUUGGAUGUGGAACUACCCCUCAGCCGUACCCAGGAGCCAGGGGUGACCCUAGCACCCCUUAAGCCCUGGACACAGUAUGCUGUGUUUGUACGAGCCAUCACACUGACCACUGCGGAGGACAGCCCCCAUCAAGGAGCCCAGAGCCCUAUCGUCUACCUUCGAACAUUGCCUGCCGCCCCCACGGUGCCCCAAGAUGUCAUCUCCACGUCCAAAUCCUCUUCACACCUUCUGGUGCGCUGGAAGCCGCCAGUCCAGCGCAAUGGAAAUAUCACCUACUACCUGGUGCUGUGGCAGCGCCUAGCAGAGGACGGUGAUCUCUACAUCAAUGACUACUGCCACCGCGGUCUACGGCUGCCCACCAGCAGCCACGACGCACGCUUCGACCGCGAAGACCCGGCGCUGGAGGCUGAACCUGAGCAAGGAUGUUGUCCUUGCCAACACUCACCUCCUGGGCAGGCGCUGCCCGCACUGGAGACACAAGAGGUCACGUUCCAGAAAAAGUUUGAAAACUUCCUACAUCAUGCCAUCACCAUCCCGAAGUCCCCUUGGAAAGUAACAUCCAUUAACAAGAGCCCCCAAAGGGACUUAGAGAGGCACCGCCGGGAAGUUGGGCCUCUCAGUCUAGGAACCAACAAUUCGGAUUUUGAGAUUCAAGAGGACAAGGUUCCCCGGGAGCGAGCGGUGCUGAGCGGCUUGAGGCACUUCACGGAAUACAGGAUUGACAUCCAUGCCUGCAACCACGCGGCACACACUGUGGGCUGCAGUGCUGCCACAUUCGUCUUUGCACGCACCAUGCCACAUAGAGAAGCGGAUGACAUCCCAGGGAAGGUGGCCUGGAAGGCAGCUGGCAGGAGCAGUGUCAUCUUGCAUUGGCUUGAACCACCUGACCCCAAUGGGCUCAUCCUCAAGUAUGAAAUCAAGUACCGCCGCCUGGGAGAGGAGGCCACAGUGCUCUGUGUGUCUCGGCUUCGCUAUGCCAAAGUUGGUGGGGUUCAGCUGGCUCUGCUGCCCCCCGGGAACUACUCUGCUAGAGUCCGGGCCACCUCACUGGCUGGCAAUGGCUCCUGGACGGACGGUGUUGCCUUCUACAUCACUGGUCCAGAGGAAGAGGAUGCUGGGGGACUGCGCAUCCUCCUCACUGUCACCCCUGUGGGGUUCAUGCUGCUCACCAUGCUUGCGGCCCUCGGUUUCUUCUACAACAAGAGGAGAAACAGCACACUGUACACGUCUGUGAACCCAGAGUAUUUCAGCGCUUCCCACAUGUAUGUCCCUGAUGAGUGGGAGGUGCCUCGGGAGCAAAUAUCCAUCAUCCGGGAGCUGGGCCAAGGCUCUUUUGGGAUGGUCUAUGAGGGACUGGCACAAGGGCUUGGGGCUGGAGAGGAGUCUACACCUGUAGCCCUGAAGACAGUUAAUGAACUGGCCAGCGCACGGGAGAGAAUUGAAUUCCUCAAGGAAGCUUCCGUCAUGAAGGCAUUCAAGUGUCACCAUGUGGUUCGUCUCCUGGGUGUGGUGUCUCAGGGCCAGCCAACUUUGGUCAUCAUGGAGUUAAUGAACCGUGGGGACCUCAAGAGCCAUCUCCGAUCUCUGAGACCUGAGGCAGAGAACAACCCUGGCCUUCCACAGCCAGAACUCAGUGACAUGAUACAGAUGGCGGGCGAGAUUGCAGAUGGCAUGGCCUACCUUGCUGCCAACAAGUUUGUGCACCGGGACCUGGCAGCCCGCAACUGUAUGGUGUCCCAGGAUUUCACCGUCAAAAUUGGUGACUUUGGCAUGACCCGGGAUGUGUAUGAGACAGACUAUUACCGCAAAGGUGGAAAGGGACUAUUGCCUGUGCGCUGGAUGGCCCCUGAGUCCCUCAAAGAUGGAAUCUUCACCACUCAUUCAGACGUCUGGUCCUUUGGUGUCGUGCUCUGGGAGAUUGUGACCUUGGCUGAACAACCAUACCAGGGUCUAUCAAAUGAGCAGGUGCUCAAAUUUGUCAUGGAUGGUGGAGUCCUGGAGGAGCUGGAGGACUGCCCGCUUCAGCUACAGGAGCUGAUGAGACUCUGCUGGCAGCCUAGUCCGCGCCUGCGUCCGACUUUCGUGCACAUCCUGGAUCGCAUACAGAAUGAGCUUCGGCCCUCUUUCCGACUCUGUUCCUUCUACUACAGCCCCGAAUGCCAGCGGGGCCAGGCCUCCUUGCUGCGUACUGAGACAGAGCCUGACUCCCCCCCAAACUCAAAUGGAACUUCAGACUACAGGCCCCCAAAUAGGGAUCCAGGACACUGAAGGUCAGGCAUUCCCCAGCUGACUGGCUUCCCAUGGGCAGAGAAGGCAGAACCCAAUCCUUAUGUCUCUGUGUUCACCUCUCAUCCUGAGUCUCCCUCAGGCAGGUCAAGAGUUAGCCCAGCACUAGCAGAAAACAGGAGCCAGAAGGGGAGGCAUCUGACCAGACUCAGAGUUAGACUGUGGGAAGCAUGAGCAGUCAUAACUGGCAGGACUCAGACCACAGGACAGGAGUGUCCUCCCUCAGAGUGAGGAUGCUAUUCCACUGGAGGCAGAAUCCAGAGAAACACCCCCUCCAGUGUUCAGAGACAGGCCGGGAGAUCUCGCUACUCACUUUGGGGCCUGCCCCUUCUUUUCCCUGUGUUCCUCUCCUGCCCUCUGCCCCACAUACCAGGACAGGGCAGGAACCCUGACACUGAGCAAGUGGGUUCCCACAAGCCCUCACUUUUCUCUCCCUGCUCUGCCCAGGGACCCCAAGCUUGGUGCUCCCCUAUUUUGCCUCAAGGGCACCCCUUGAUGCGCAAUCUCCCCCUUCUAGUUGUUUGCUGGAUUCCUAGGCCUGGAUGCUCAGGCUGGGAGAGCCUCACCUUCCUCCCUCCCAUCUUACACCCCAGCCCCUCCAGGAAAGACUGAAAAAGACACAAUAAAUACCGAGGUCUGUUUGUA